GUUUGAACAUGAGUUUGCUGGUUAAAAAUGCCAGCCAAGUUGUGGUGGUAUGCUCUAAAAUGCAGAAGUUUUUGAAAAGUCAAGAUAUAGCUGAGCAGUUCAUUGUAUUGGAAAACACAUCGGUCGCCAUCGACCAUAGUGGACUCAUAUCCCAAAUUGGUCCAUUACAGGAAAUAAUCUCAUCCACCCCAGAGUCUGAUUUUGAAAAAGUUAUUGAUGCCACCGACAAAUGUGUCAUUCCUGGAAUGGUAGAUGGUCAUACACAUGCUGUGUGGGCUGGUGAUAGAGUGCAUGAGUUUGCUUUAAAACUGAAGGGAGCUUCCUACAUGGAAAUACAUAAGGCAGGAGGUGGUAUUGGGUUUACAGUAGACAAGACCAGGGCUGCUAGUGAGGAGGUUUUGCUUGAUUUAUAUUUGCAACGACUCAAAUUGAUGCUGAGGAAUGGGACAACACUUGUUGAGUCGAAAUCUGGUUAUGGACUUGAUGCUCAGACUGAACUGAAGAUGUUAAAAGUCAUUGAGAAGGCUAAAUUACUCCAACCGAUCGAUAUAUCUUCUACAUUUUGUGGUGCCCACUCGAAGCCUAAAGGGAUGGAUGAAAUUUGUGCAACAAAGGAUGUCUUGGAAAAUCAGAUCCCUGCAGUUCUUGAUGCAAUAAAGAAUGGUGAAAUUUCUGUUGACAGCAUUGAUGUUUUCUGUGAGAAGGGUGUUUUUGAGACAGAAAGUUCAAAACAAAUUCUCCUUGCUGGAAAGGAGAAAGGAAUGAUGAUAAAUUUCCAUGCAGAAGAGUUGAACUACAUUGGUGGUGUUGAGAUGGGCGUAUCUAUUGGUGCUACAGCAAUCAGCCAUCUAGAGGAAAUAUCAGAUGAAGGAAUUCAGCAUAUGGCUUCGAGCAAUGCAGUUGCAGUGAUAUUACCCACAACUGCUCACAUUUUAAAAUUAAAGCAUCCACCUGUCAAGAAAAUGCUCGAAGAAGGUGUUAUUGUAGCACUGGGUACGGAUUUCAACCCUAAUGCUUAUUGUGUAUCAAUGCUGACUGUCAUGAACCUUGCCUGUAUUAUGUUUCGUAUGUCAAUGGAAGAGGCCUUGGUUGCUUCAACUCUAAAUGCUGCUGCUAGUGUUGGAAAAUCUGACAUGCAUGGUUCAAUCGAGGUUGGAAAGUGGGGUGACUUAGUAUUAAUAGAUGCUCCUCGAUGGGAGCAUGUGAUAUACCAGAUGAAUGCAUCUGAGAUAAUUUCUCAUGUGAUAAAGAAGGGUCAAGUUGUUGUCAGCAAAUAGAAGACAGAUUGAAUCUUUAUGUUCAGCUGUUACAUUAAGAACAGGAUUGCUUAGUUUGCAUGAUUUUAAUCUCAUGUUUGUGUCAUAUUAUGCUUCGGGUUUUUAAUUUUAUAAUUUUAGUCAGUUUAAUUUCAUGACUCAAUCCAGGUUUGAAUAUACAUAUUUAAAGCAUUCUAGAAACUUUAAAUUUAUGAAUAUUCGUUUUUUAAAUUUAUCAUUUUAUCAUGACAGAUAAUAUAUAGCAUGCUAUUGUGAAUGCUAUCUUCAGUU